AGUUUUUCCCAGAGCCAUGACAAACCAAGUCGAAUCCAAACGGUUGAAAUUACGCCGCCCGAAACCGGUUGGCCAUGAUGCAACGAUCUGGACUCGUUAAACAGAUGAAAUUUUGUUCAUUUUCAACGAUUUUUUUUUUUUUUUUUUUUUUUGAUACCUUUAAUAUGCUAUUAUCUCAAGAUCGCCUUCACGCCUUCCGCAUGUAGUACGCGGAAGAUGCCACCAACCCAGAACGAAUUGGCUUGUUCAUGUUCAGCACCAAGGCUGAUUCUGGCCGGCGCACCGCGACUCCCCUUUCCCCGGAGGUGUGCAAAAUGAGCCUUUCUGCAUCAGUCGGUGUCGGUGAUUCUAGCGGUGUGGAGGUCCUAACAAAGAAAUCUUUUCUAAUUCUAUCACAUAAUAAACUAAGAAAAAUGAAGGUUGCGAUUCUGCUUUUUGUGGUGCUUUUCGUGAGUCUGGCGGCGGGUCAGGCCUUCUGGAGAGCGGUUCCAGUACAGAAAGAAGUGCAGAAUAAUAAAAUCCCAGUCGACAGUCGAUUCGAAGCGUCCGACGGCUGGAUCACACGAGAUUUCAACUUCAAUAAUCAACCGCCGAAUUCGUUCUUUUAAAACCGUAAAUUAUAUUGUUAAAGCUUUCUCCUGAGAUGUGUGUCAUAAUUAAUCCCUCCAAUAAAUACAUAUUGUUU